CUUUUGUUUUCCUUAACCUCACCUUCACCACAUUACAUACAUUGACGAUUCCAUUUUUCCAAUCUGUACGACACUUUGACGAGUUCAAUAAAGAUCUUCCAUCUCUUCGUCCAUCAGCAUCACUUUUAUUGAAAACACACACACAUUCAUUCAACCUCCAACGUUCUCUCACUCCCCCCUCCCUUUCGGUCACUCCACCACUCGACACUCGACAUCAACUCAUAUUCUCACUCCAUUCGUUGACAUAUACGACAACCUCUUCCAUCGACGAAUAACGACACGAUAUCGACAACACAAGACAAACGUUUGAUUCGACGAGCCCAUACUUAACCUUUACGACAUAAAAUCAAAAUGGUCAUGAUCAAUCUCAACCUUCUUCUCCCUCUUAUCCCCUUGCUUAGCCUGGUGCAAGCUUCCACUCAUGAUCCCGCUCAUAUGCGUCAUCGUCGUCAAUCUCAAUCCCUCCGACAUGUUCGUUCGGAUGAAGGAGCUAGGAUGGCUCCUAGGGAUAACAUGGCGCAUACCCAAGCUCACAAGUUGAUCAAGAAAAACAUCAAGAAAAGGGGUGUCUGUAGAAAGAAAGGUGAACAGGCACCUGCUUUGGUUGCACCUUCCUCAUCAUCAUCGUCUAUUGCUACUUCUACUUGGUCCACAACUUCGACUUCUUCUUACACUCCUCCAGCAACGUCUUCGAGUACCGAUACUGGUGGUUGGACCAAUCCUACUGAUGCAGCUAUGGAGUAUGCCAAGGGACAACACUCCACUACUUCGAGCACUCAAGAUUCCUGGACCUCCAGCACUACUUCCAGUCAACCUGCUCCAUCGACCGGUGGUGGUAACGGUGGUGGAAACAGUGGCAAUAACGGUCUUCUCAACGUCAACGACCCGACUUGCGGAUGGUGUGAUUCGUCCGACGAAAACCCAAACGGUUCGGAAGACUGGAUCAAUUGCGGUUUGAAUGGUGGUGGUUGGAACCCUCCAGCUGUCAAAGUCGAAGAACUCGUUUCCGCAGAACUCACUUCCGGUGGAGUUUUUGAUGCUUGCUCUGCCUACUUUGACAUCUUCACCAGCGUCGGUAAUCAAUAUGGUCUGCCACCCAUCCUCCUUGCCUCCAUCGCGCUCCAGGAAUCGAGCUGUAAUUCAGGUGCUACCGGUCCGAACGGUGAGGCUGGUUUGAUGCAAUUGGCUCAGGAGAACUGGGAUGGGGCUUCGAACCCGUGGGAUGUCAAUUGGAACAUCAACGCCGGUGCAAAGGUUUUCAUGCAGUAUUACAAUUCGAACAACCAAAACUUCUUCGCCGCCAUGGGGAGCUACAACGGAUGGAAAUGGGGUCUUACCGUAGGUGAUGUGGCUGCUACCAAAGCGCAGCAUUGUUCUUGGCAACAAAACUUGGACUAUCUGGCUCAGAUCGCGAAUGGUUGGAUGCAGAACAAGGAUGGGACGAAGAUUGGACAAUAUUUCAACAUCAAUUGUUGAAUCGUUGUAUAAUCUUUCACCGUUUGAGAAUGAAACUCUCGUUAUGAUUCUUUUUUUUAUUAUGUGUCUAUGUCUUUUAUUCUUUCUUUCUCUACACGUUGAAUUGUAUUCUUUUCAUCUCUGAGAGAUUGGGGGAAUUUGGAGAAAGAAUCAAUAAAACAAUUGAAAGAUAUCAUGCCAGGAGCAUGCAUAUCGUUAUGAGGUUG